GUUUCGCUUGUUUUGAAAUUGGAAGUUUGCAUUCGCUUCUGUGCAGCCGAGCGUCCGCUAGAGACAAACAAACUGUUGCCUUACCUCCAGCGGGAAAGCGCCUUCUCCAGGAUUUCCAGCUGGGUUUGACAGAUCUGGGAGUGUGGGAGGAAUAUGGAUGUUAUUCCCAUGUGUAGUAUUUUCCAGGAGCUACAGAGUGUCCUUGACACGGGAUACCUGUCCGCAUUACCAUCUCUAGAGGAGUACUGGCAACAGACUUGUCUGGAGCUUGAGCGCUAUCUGCAGAAUGAGCCUUACGUCUCUGCAGCUGAUCUGAGAUCAGUAUGCGAGUCUGACAAUCUUUGGAAUCAGUUUCUACGCUGCUGUGGGACUGAACCGAACUCGUCCCUGCCGGAAGCUUCCAUCCCCAAGCAGGACGGGAUCGCUACGGCUUCCCAUUUGCCAUUCGGCAGCUGUAAGAAGAUCACUGCAUCUGCUGAUGUGCUCACACACCCACUGGAUCACAGCGUAUCUGAGCAGCAGCAUGUAAUCGCACACACCCCCCCGACGCCGCCCUCACUCCCUCUCAUGGAGGGUAAAGAAGAUGCAGAAGGGGCGAGAGGGGAUGAGAUCAAAGGUGAGGGGUCAUCUGAAGGACGAAGGAGAGCUCAUCGCUGUUACUUCAACGGCUGCAGGAAGGUGUACACCAAGAGCUCUCAUCUGAAAGCACAUCACCGCACACACACCGGUGAGAAGCCAUACAGGUGUUCGUGGGAUGGCUGUGAGUGGUGCUUUGCUCGAAGUGAUGAACUGACCAGGCACUUCAGAAAACACACCGGAGCCAAACCCUUCAAAUGCAGCCACUGCGACAGGUGUUUCUCUCGUUCUGAUCAUCUGGCCUUGCACAUGAAGCGACACAUCUGAACGCAAAUCCCAAAGACCUGCCACAGCUGGUUUUCUAUGUAUUCGCUGAGUCAGUGUUGCAGAUUUUGCACCUUCUUGCUAAAGAUAUAGUUUCAGCAGAACAUGGGUAAUAGCAUUUUUUUAUCCUAUGCUGGUGACAUUUGACUUGUUCAACUCAAGUUAAAGCAUAGCUAUAAAGGCACUGAAAAGGCAGAAAGUCUGGUACUGAAUGUAAGUUAACAUAUUUGCAGACUUUGCAAAUUGCAGUGAAUAUGUAUGUCAAAAUCAAAAAUAAUAUUUCGCUAAUUAACACUUUCCAUUAACACGGAAAACUGCUUUACUGCGCAGCUAAUGUGUUUAUAUCCAGAGCAGCUAAGUGUCCAUGUAGCUUUGAGAUAAGUGUUUAUUGCUGUUUAUUACACUCGCAGAUAAAAAA